AUGUCCUUCAAUCCUUUGUUAACAUAUACUGUACGUUUAAAAAAAAUAUAUGUAAAACCUAACUUCACUAUGGAUUAUUAUACGAUCGAUCUAUAUAAAGAUACACAAUAUUUAAAUGGACAAAUUACAAUCAAUUCAAAUAAACUUAUAAACAAAGUUGUUGGACUUAUCUAUCGUUGUGAUUCUGAAGGCAUAAACUGUGAAUACUUUCAAACUUGGAUAUUACCAGAUAUCUGUACUAAAUUAAAAGACAAGAACCAAGUAUGGUCCCGUUGGUACGAUUAG